UUACCCGUCAUACACGUGGAAAUACAAAAUGGCGACAUAAAAUGAAAACAUUGUCUACCCUGUUCGUGAAGCACAUGAGUUUUUACCUGUAAGAUACACAGCUCUCGGUCGUCUUGGUGUCAGUCCUAAUCAGCACCAUGUUGGCUUUUGCCGUCGGGGCCCUCAUCUUCUACAGGUGGUGGCGAAACGAGCGAGAUUUAAACAAUAUGAAGUGGAAGGUCCACUUCCUCGAUCUCGACUUCAACUUCAGGAGACACAAACGGAAGGCAACGCUUGGCAGCAAGCACGGAGACAACCACGUUGACAGAGACAGCGUCCACAGUGAUGGUUCAGACGCCGUCGGAAUGGCCAGCUCGGAACAUCCAUCCGUGGAGUCAGGGCUUGAUGGCAGUGUCGCCUUCCAUCAGUAUACAACCAUCGCCAAAUAUAAAGAGAACAUUGUCGCAGUGAAGAAAAUCUGGAAACAGCGUAUUCAAACCGACAGGAAGUUAAUGAAGCAUAUCAAAGAGAUAAUGAUGCUGAAGCACAGCAACCUGACAACGUUUGUCGGCAUCUGCAUCGAGUCCCCUAACAUCGUCAUCCUGUGGGAGUACUGCAACAAGGGAAGCCUCAGUGACAUCCUGGACAACUCCGACAUGAAGCUAGACAGCAUGUUCCAGUUCUCCAUCGCCAUCGACAUCUGCUCGGGACUUGAGUACCUCCACAUGAGCUCCCUGAAAUACCAUGGUAACCUGACGUCAUCAAACUGCCUGAUUGACAGCCGAUGGGUUUGUAAACUGACGGACUUCGGCCUGCGACCAAUCAGAAAGGGAGAGAAGGAUACAUCCAACCAGGUGUCCGAAGACGACAGGUGUGAAAAGUUAUUUUGGCUUGCACCGGAACUGCUGAGAACUUACCAAUCAGAAAAAAGAUUUACGCCCACGCAGCAGGGGGACGUCUUCGCCGUGGGCAUCAUCCUCAAAGAGAUUCUAUGUCUCACAAAGCCGUAUGCUGAGGAGGUUAGGUUGACACCCAAAGAUAUCAUCAAGCGGGUGGCCCACCCCACUGACCAGCUGAUGAGACCGACCGUGGUGGAGACGCAGGACGAGUAUGUGUCACUGAGACUUCCCUUUGUGAAGAUGAUACACUCAUGCUGGGCAGAAGACCCGCAGUGUAGGCCGACCAUCAGGAGGGUGUUGAAGAGACUCAACCGUCUCAACCCUUACAGGUCAACCAGUAUGCUGGAUAACAUGUUGAUGAUGAUGGAGCGCUACUCGAACCACCUAGAGGAACUGGUGGCAGACAGAACGGCCCAGCUGGAGGAGGAGAAGAGGAAGACGGACGCCCUGCUGUACAGCAUGCUGCCACAGAAAGUGGCAGACAACCUCAAAACCGGGAAUUUGGUUCAAGCCGAGGCGUUCGAGUCUGUCACCAUCUACUUCUCCGACGUCGUCAGCUUCACCGACCUCGCCAGCGAGAGCACGCCUAUGGAGAUCGUGGACCUGCUGAAUACACUAUACACGCUGUUUGAUGACACCAUCAAGAAUUUCGAUGUUUACAAGGUUGAGACAAUAGGCGAUGCCUACAUGAUGGCGAGCGGAGUGCCGAUACAAAAUGGAGACCAGCACGUCAUGGAGAUGGCCGAUGCAUCUCUCAGUCUGCUGAAGGCGGUCCUCAGCUACGUCAUUCCCCACAGACCUGAGAGGCAACUCAAGAUCAGAAUAGGUAUUCACACCGGACCUGUGGUGGCGGGGGUUGUAGGACAGACGAUGCCAAGGUACUGUUCAGGUAUUCACACCGGACCUGUGGUGGCGGGGGUUGUAGGACAGACGAUGCCAAGGUACUGCCUGUUCGGAGAUACGGUCAAUACAGCGUCCAGAAUGGAGUCCAAUGGAAUGCCUCUGAAGAUACACCUGAGUGGGUCAUCCGCUGCACUUCUGAAGAAGAACCCACUCUAUGAUGUGGUUGAAAGGGGAAAGGUAGAGAUUAAGGGUAAAGGAAGACUAUGCACCUUCUGGCUGAUGGGAAAGACGGGGUUGUUCAAAGUUCCGACCGACUCCCAGAACACGUCAGUUGCCAGUGACCAUAAAGAACCGGAAACAGUGUUUCACGGCGACGUCACUCCCUCCAUCGCUAACUCCCCAACCUCGGACACAACAGCAGCAGGAUCAGCUGCCAUCCACUAAUCCCAAGGGGCAUCAAAUUGUCCUGAGGAAACCAAGACAUGAAAGAGGUACAGAUCCAUCUUUAUUUGCCAAGAAACUUCAUCCCGAAAGAAGCCAUGCAUCAUUUUUGGACACAGCCAAGUUGUGAACCAUGUGUAUCAUUCAUUGAUGAAAUAUUUAUUUUCAGUUUA